CUCUGCUGUUUUUGGCAAUGUUCUCGGAGUAGGAGAUUAGAAGAGUAGCGAGAAAGGCAGGCUAAAAGAGACGAGUAUCCAGACAGGCAUUGGGAACGCACUGACGCAGUGAACAACUCUGCCUUCAAACCAUCUGAAAUGAUGCUGAUUUUCCUGCUUUUUUGGCUGAGCUUGUCAGCAACAAGCGCAGCUCCUAACCUAAGGAAAGCACCCACUGAGGCACCUAUUCUAGUCACCGUGCCGCCAACUGAGGCUAGAUCGCACUUUGCCAUGUUAGAUGACGUACGACUCCUGGCUAACGGUCUGCUCCAGCUCGGCCAGAGCCUCAGAGAGUUUGUGCACAAGACCAAGUCUCAGAUCAACGACAUCUUCCAGAAGCUCAACAUCUUUGAUCGCUCCUUCUACCAGCUCUCAGUGGUCACCAGUGAAAUCAAAGAAGAGGAGGAGAAGUUGAAGGAGACGACCAUUUAUUUGAAGGCCAAUAAUGAGGAGAUCAGAAACUUGUCUCUGGAGAUCAACUCCAAAAUUAACAACAUUCUCCAAGAGCGAAGCCAGUUGCACAGCAAGGUUGGUGGGCUGGAGGAGAAGCUGAAGGGCUUGUCUGUGAGCAUGAUGCCGUUGGAGCAACUUCAAGAGAUUACUGCGUUAAAGGAUGUGAUUGAAACACAAGAAAGGACCAUUACUGAUCUGCUUAAAUCUGUUAAAGAGCAACACGAACAGCUCAAUUACCAGAAGAUCAAAAUUAAGAGUCUUGAGGAAAAGCUGAACUAUGAUUCUUUUCAAGAAACAGCUGAAAAACCUUUGGAUUUAAACCCAGAAACACCUGACCCUUUUCGUUAUUUAAAAAUUAACUCCACCAAUGGAACUGCAGAAAUAAAUGACUUUCCAAAGGACUGCAGUGAUGUGUUCAAAAGAGGCCAGAGGACCAGUGGAAUUUACCCAAUCAAACCCAAUCAAUCGGAGCCUUUCUAUGUUUAUUGUGAGAUAAGUGCUGAUGGUGCAGCCACAGUCAUUCAGAGGAGGGAGGAUGGUUCUGUUGACUUUGAACAGUCAUGGGAAAAAUACGAAAAUGGAUUUGGCAAACUGGAGAAGGAGUUCUGGCUUGGCUUGGCGAAGAUUCAUUCCAUUGCUCAACAAGGACAAUACAUUUUACACAUCGAACUGGAAGACUGGAAGGAGGAAAAGAGAUUCAUAGAGUACACAUUCACCCUGGAAGGUCCAGCAUCUGAUUAUGCUCUUCACGUGGCACCCCUCUCUGGAGAUCUGCCUGAUGCCAUGAGCAACCACACUGGCAUGAAGUUCUCAACCAAGGACAGAGACAACGAUAAUCACGACGAGUCAAACUGCGCCCGGAACUACACAGGAGGUUGGUGGUUUGAUGCAUGUGGGGACAGCAACCUAAAUGGGAGAUACACCUGGAUGAGGUUGAGAGCUCGGCACCAGCGCAGGAAAGGAAUCUACUGGAGACCAGCCAAAGGGAGCUCCUACACCCUCAAAUCCACAAAGAUCACCAUCAGACCAUCAACCCAGUUUCAAUAAUCCCUGACCCUAUAUUCUCCAUUGUGUAAUUCAGAAUCAAUCCGAGGGGUCACACAAAGCUUUUCCCUUUCUCCACAGACAGCAGAAACUCAAUGAUGCAACUGCAACAGGUCAUUGACUCUGGUAGAGGGUAAAAACCAAGUCAAAGGGUUAUUGCAACAUGCAUGUGCUAGUUUGCAAUCUUCGUAGAUCAAAAAAAUGUAAAAAUAUUAUACUUAUACUGAACAGGUUCAAAUGGUAAAGACCCAUGGCGGAUCACACCUCUGGAACAGGAUCUGAUGCAUGUCAUUAUCAAGAGUCAACAAGAAUCAUCAAUUAGUUUGUAGACUUAUAUGGAUAGAAUUAUAGAACUACAUUGCACUCAACUAUAGAGCUUCUCAACAUCAUUUCACAUACUGUAUGUUAACUUAAUUAUUUAAGCAAUUUACACAAAUUUGCAACGGGUAAGCAAUGGGUAACACUUUGUAAUAACUUUUAUUAAAUCAUGACUACAAUGGUUAUGAACACAUCCCUAUUACAUUAUAUUAUAUUAUACAAUAAAUAGCUAUUUGUCAUUUUGAUAUUAUAAAAUUAUUACAAGGUGUAACCAAGAAAUGUGCUGUUAUGGUUGAAGUUGGAUCUUUUGCUUGUCUCUUUCUGUUACUGAGUCAUAUUGACUCCUAGUUAUGUUUUGUACAUACUCAGCUGUACUGUAUAUAUUUAGUUUACACAGUGUUUCUCAAUGGUAGUCAGAUGCAUCGUAUUUAUAACAACACAGUUAGACAAUAAAGCAAAAAUAAAAACCA